CUGAAAGUGUCACAAGAGUUUGAAGUACAAAAAAACAAAAGACGACAAAGGACGGGCGGAGAGGGAGAUGAAGACGUUCCAGAGCAAGAGCCAGCCUGCGCAGCGCGGAGCCCCCAGCAGCCUGAACAGUCCCAGCGCCAUGAGUCUCCUCAGCACGGCCAGCAUCACCCUCGCUGCCCUCCUCACCCUCACCCUGCCAGCCUGCGCGAAAGGUGCUCCCGCAGAUCUUCAGCAGGCCACAACAGAUCAAAGAAAGCUACGAAGCCAGAUAGACGCUGCGUGUUCCUCCUACCUCUCUGCAGACAUCAACUUCAGGGCAUCUGAUGUUCUAGGAGAACUCUGUGUGUUGAUGCUGGUUCAGAAAUCAGAGGAGCUGAGAGUGCAGGAAAAUAGUAAAAGGUUUUUGUUUCACUACUCUAGACCACAAGGUUCUAUCUUGUCACAGGGAGGGACGUCGCAGUUGCACCCUCUACUGCAUCUAGUUUCCCAACUCCAUGCCAGAGGAGAGAGAGGACUCUCUGUGCACGCUGAGGUCCAGGGGCCGGGGGGAAUCGAGAGCAGAGGCUAUUUCCUCUACCGGCCACGAAAUGGAAGAAGAUCCUUAGAAUAUGAAUGAGAGAAAGUGGCUUCCUCUGAGGAUUAAUGUAUAGAGAUGUCACAGACCCUGAGACCAGAGCUGCUGAACCAUGACGGAUCCAUACUUCAAUCACAGCCCUUUGCCACUGCUGUAUAGUGAUGUUUGAAUGUACACGAUGCGUAUCAAUUAAAAUGCCAUUCAUUUGUCCAAAUUUUAUUUAGCCUUAUGUGUGGUUACUUUGCAUUAAAAUGGCUAUCAUGUAAGAGAGAGGACUUGCGUAAAUGUGGUUUGCUUGAGUUGAUUUGAUCACUUUAGGAGGAGUAUUCUUCCAGUGCACUUGCCAUUUAAGAGAAAACUGUAAACUGUGGUAAAGAUGUGAAUAUUUAACUUUGAUAGUUAUGUUUUCAGUGAAUUUUUGAGAAUUCUUGUGCAGAUUUUUUUUGUUUAAUUUAUUUUGUACACAAAUAUGCAGUUACUUGUAUCAACAGCAGAUGUCACCAUCAUUACUCAAUAAAAAAUUCAGACUUGGUUAGUUCAUACUGUAGAAUUAGAAUUUUGCAUAAGUUUUCGAGCUCGGCGAACAUGGG